AUGUGCCGCGGCGAGUCGUCGUCGGACUACUGUGUGGGUCAGGUGUCGGGAAGUCUGACCCAAAGCAGUGGUGCGGCUUCCGCCUCGCUUUCGGCGCUGUUCGCCGGCGCUGGUGCCGCACCGGCAGCGGGAGUCCUCUUUAAACCAGCUCCGCUGGUAUGUCAGUCACACUGGUCGGAACAGCCUCGGAUUAGCCCGAAAAAAAUGAGAACGUUUAACACCAAAAGCAAGAAAAAGCCUAAAGUAAAAACGGAAGCUGAGCUGAAGCUGGAGAGCAGGGAGGCGAGCCUUCGGAACGCCGACGAGGCCGAGCGAGCGCCCGUCCGGCGGAAGCGGGCCGCGCAAGAAGUGGAGACGGAGGCCGAGCACUGGGCGCUCAAGCGCCAGCGGCAGCGCGAGGACAAGAAGAAAGAGCGAGAGAAGGACGGCAGGACGGCCUUUGUGGGAAAUCUGCCCGGCGACUGCACCAAAAAGACGCUGCUCAAGCUCUUCCGGGCCGACGGCGCCGUGGAGUCCGUCCGCUUCCGCUCCAUGGUGCGAGAGGAUCCGGGCGUGCCUCGGAGAGUCGCCGCCAUCAAGCGCCAGGCUCACCCGUCCGCAGGUCGGGUCAACGCCUACGUAGUUUUCAAGGAGCCAGAAGGGGUCACCAAAGCGCUGCGCAGGAACGGCGUGGAGAUCCAGAAAGAUUUCUUCAUCCGCGUGGACCGAGUGAGCAGCAAGCACGACCACAAGCGCUCCAUCUUCGUGGGGAACCUCAGCUUCGAGCUGCAGGAGUUACCGUUGCGCCGCCAUUUUGAAGAAUGCGGCGCGGUGGAGGCGGUCCGACUAGUGCGGGACAACAACACGGGACUGGGGAAAGGCUUCGGUUACAUCCUCUUUAAGAGUCCGGACUCGGUCCAACUGGCGCUGAAGCUGGACGGUUCCAAACUGGAGGGUCGCGCCAUCCGGGUGAAAAGGUCCACCAAGAUAGAGCGCCGCGCUGCCCCGGCGGUGAAGAAGGGUCCCAAGGUCAAAGGUCGAGGACGCGACAGCUUCAAAGGCGUGAUGGCCGACCCCAGGAAAAAAAACAAAAAGAAAACCGGCAAGAAAAAGCUCAAAAAGGGCAGGAAAUCACUUUCUCAAUAA